AUGAAUCCAGGGCAGAGAAGCUCUUGGUGGUCUCAGGUAGAGCUUGGACCUCCAGAUCCAAUUCUGGGAAUAACUGAAGCGUUUAAACGUGACAGCAAUCCUAAAAAAAUAAAUCUUGGAGCGGGUGCAUAUCGUGAUGAUAAUGGUAAACCAUAUGUACUAUCGUGUGUGAAAAAGGCUUCCGACAUCAUUAAGAGCGAAAAUAUGGAUAAAGAGUAUGCCGGAAUUGCUGGUAUCCCUGAUUUUACCAGCGCUGCAGCCGAACUGGCUUUUGAUGCAGAUAAUGAUAUUCAAAGAAAUGGAUUGAACGCAACAGUUCAAUCAAUUUCUGGAACAGGUGCUCUUACUAUUGGUGCUGCAUUUUUGCGUAAAUUCUUUCCUUAUAACAAAACUGUUUAUCUACCUUCUCCUACUUGGGGAAAUCACGUGCCGCUCUUUAAAUUUGCUGGAUUAGAAACGAAACAUUACCGAUAUUAUGACCAGAAAACUUGUGGUUUCGACGCUGAAGGAGCUUUAGCUGAUCUUAAGAUGAUGCCAGAAAGAUCAAUUGUAUUACUUCAUGCCUGCGCCCAUAAUCCAACCGGAGUUGAUCCCAAGCCUGAACAAUGGCAUGAAAUUUCACAAGUAGUUAAGGAAAGGAAGCUAUUUCCUUUUUUUGAUAUGGCUUACCAGGGUUUCGCAAGUGGAGAUAUUAAUAAAGAUGCAUAUGCAGUUCGGUAUUUUAUUAAAGAUAACCAUCAAAUGGCUGUAGCUCAAUCAUUUGCCAAAAAUAUGGGAUUAUACGGUGAACGUUGCGGUGCAUUUAGCAUGGUAUGUGAAUCAGCAGAAGAGGCGAAAAUUGUAGAAUCUCAAUUAAAAAUUGUUAUACGCCCUAUGUAUUCAAAUCCUCCAAUUAAUGGGGCUAGAAUUGCAUACUUAAUAUUGAAAAGACCUGAACUUAGGAAGGAAUGGCUUGUUGAGGUAAAAGGUAUGGCUGACAGGAUUAUCUCUAUGAGAGAUCGCCUAAAGACUAAUCUUGAGAAAGAAGGUUCUAGCCAUGAUUGGUCGCAUAUUACCAAUCAGAUUGGAAUGUUCUGCUACACUGGACUUGCUGCCGAACAGUGUGAACGCCUAAAAAAGGAAUUUUCAGUGUAUUUGACCAAAGACGGACGAAUCUCGAUAGCUGGUGUUACUUCGCAAAAUGUUGAAUAUCUAGCUCAUGCUAUACAUCAAGUCUCAAAAUAA